UGCUUAUUGUUAGGCUAGGCUACUGCUCCUUCCCAUCCUCUGUCCUCCUGUUACCCCUCCUCCCCCCCAGAGAGGAGUUGUACAGUCUGAUGGUGUGAGGGACAAAGGAGUUUUUGAGUCUGUUCGUCCUGCACUUGGGAAGGAGCAUUCUGUCACUGAACAGGCUCUUCUGGUUGCUGAUGACGGUUUGCAGAGGGUGACUGGCAUCGUCCAUGAUGUUCAAUAGUUUGUCCAUAGACCUCUUCUCUGCCACCGUCACCAGAAAGUCCAGCUUCAUGCCAACCACAGAGCCAGCCUGCCUGAUCAGUUUGUCCAGCCUGGAUGUGUCCUUCUUGGAUUUGCUGCCCCCCCAGCACACCACGGUGUAAAACAGGACACUGGCGACCACAGACUGAUAGAACAUCCACAGGAGUUUCCUGCAGAUGUUUAAAGACCGCAGCCUCCUAAGGAAGUAUAGCCUGCUCUGUCCCUUCCUGUAUAAGUGAUUGGUGUUGCAAGUCCAGUCCAGCUUGCUGUCCAGCCACAGCCCGAGAUACUUGUAGGAAUCCACAGCCUCCACCUCGACUCCCUCGAUCAGAACUGGUCGUGACCUUGGUCUGGACCUCCCAAAGUCAAUGACCAGCUCCUUGGUCUUCGAGAUGUUGAGCUGCAGAUGGUUCCUGUUGCACCACACAGCAAAGUCCCUCACCAGGCUCCUAUACUCCUCCUCUCUGUCAUCACUGAUACACCCAACAAUGGCUGUGUCAUCGGCAAACUUCUGAAUGUGACACAGCUCCGAGUUGUAGCAAAAGUCCGUGGUGUACAGGGUGAAGAGAAGAGGGGCCAGCACCAUGCCCUGGGGUGCUCCGGUGCUGCUAAUUACAGUGUCAGACGUGAUGUCCUUCAGCCUGAUGUACUGCAGCCUGUCAGUGAGGUAGCUGGAGAUCCAGGUGACCAGGCAGGCGUCCACUCGCAUCCUGUUCAGUUUGUCCUGAAGCAAUAGGGGCUGGAUGGUGUUGAAGGCACUCGAGAAGUCCAAGAAGAGGAUCCUCACUGUGCCAUUUCCCUUAUCCAGAUGCGAGUGGGCUUGGUGUAGCAGGUAGAGGAUGGUGUCUUCCACACCAACACCUGCCCGGUACGCAAACUGCAGACAGUCCUGGGCAUGCUGUACCUGGGGUCUGAGGAGGCUGAGGAAGAACCGCUCCAACGUCUUCAUCAGAUGUGAAGUGAGUGCCACCGGUCGGAAGUCAUUCAGCUCGCUGGGCCGAUUCUUUUUGGGAACUAGAAUGAUACAUGAUGUCUUCCAGAGGGUUGGCACUCUCCCCAGCUGCAGGUUGAAGUUGAAGAUGCGGUGGCUUUCUUGAAGGUAACUGAUGCAACCGGGAAUUGUGAAGUUGGCUUUGUUAUGGGGAAGGCAAAGCUCAUGCCACGGCCUGAACAAACUAUCCCCAGAUUAGAACUUUGUGCUGCCGUGCUAGCAGUCGAGCUUGCUGAACUGGUCUCAGAAGAGCUGGAUAUUCAGCUGAACAACACUCACUUCUAUACAGACAGUAAAGUUGUUCUGGGGUAUUAUAUUUACAACGAGACCAGACGCUUUUAUGUCUAUGUGGGCAAUCGAGUGACUUGGAUUAGGAGGUUCUCAUGAGCUGAUCAGUGGCAUUAUGUGUCCACUAACCAGAACCCUGCGGAUCACGCAACAUGAUCUGUUCCUGCACAUCAACUUAUGCUCACUAACUGAUUCACUGGCCCAAAAUUCCUGCUCAACCACACUGACUCACGAGGUUCUUGUCACCUUUAUGGCAAAGGUAUCUGCUAUUAUAAAUGCACGGCCCCUCGUUCCAGUGUUGACAAAUCCUUCUGACCCAUUCAUACUCUCCCCAGCUGCUCUCCUCACACAGAAGGUCAACCCUCUCUCAGCCCCUGCUGGCAACUUUGUUUUCUCUGAUCUCUAUAAGUACCAGUGGCGACAAGUCCAGCAUCUCACCAAUACCUUCUGGGACAACUGGAGACGACAGUUUCUCUCAACAGUCUAGUCAACCAAAUGUGAACCUUGGGAGUGUUGUUGUUCUGAAAGACGUUCAGUCCCCAAGAAAUGAGUGGCCUCUUGGACUUGUAACCAAGGUGUUUCCCAGCAAAGAUGGUAAAGUAUGCACUGUGGAGAUAAAAGUGGCUAGGCCAGAUGAAACCAAGCUCUUUACCAGACCUGUCACAGAACUGGCUGUCCUUGUCCCCCCAGAGCCAUAGAGACUGGAAGUAUUGUUUGUGUUUCAUAAAAGAGUGGCAUCAAUUUACGCCAGGCGGGGAGUGUUCUGUUUUAGUUGUAAAAAGCACUUGAUGUAGUUUAUUUCAUUGUAUUUUACUUAAACAAGAGUAUAAGGGAUACUCUAUAUAUAAUAUACACUGCCACUGGCUGACUCUCUUUGGUACAGCAGGUAAGGUUUUGUUAAUUUUGUAUGGGAAACUUUAUUCAGGAAGUGUUGAAGUGUUGACAUAAUAACAGAGUGGAGACAUUUGGCAGAGUAUGUGCAUGGUUAGUCAUUCCUGCAUACAUCUGUUUGAGGUUGCAUCGUCGGUAUGUAUGGUUAUUGUGUUUAUAUGCCUUUUACUGACAUGUUUUGUCAUUCUUGUGGUAAAUUAAACAUUAUUUGCUCAUUAGAAAUAUAUUUCAGUUAGCACCUUUGUUUAGCAUGCUGUUUUCAGUAGCCAUGCUAUUUUUUGGUUAAGAUGGUGUGCUAGUAUUAUGCGUGGUAAUUUGAAAUGUUUAGUAUAUAUGUAUGUAGCUACAUUGCUAACAGGAGUGACAGCACGUCUGCUGCAUCUGACUGACUGGGAGGUCACGCAAAGCUCGGAGAGGUACGGAGCAGCUCGUCUCAAUUCAGAUAAGAGCAUAUUUCAUUAUGGAAGUACGGUGGACUGUUCCUUUAAUAAUCCAGGAACAGCACUCAGGACUAGCCUUUUAUUUUAUUAAUGUUAUUUAACAUUUGCCCUCUCCUUCUGUUUAAUACUUAUAUUUAAAAUUUUGAGCAUAUAACUUUUCCCCCUCCCCCCCAACGUAUUGUAUAGUGUUUCUAUAUUUUAUAUAUUUUUAUUAUAGUGUUUUUAUUUUCUAAUCUGUUGACUGAGAGAGCCCUGCACAAAAAUUCCAAUGUGUCUGAACUGUUGGUUUAUGCACAAAUGGCAAAUAAAAAAACCUUGAACAGCUCUGACGUGUUCCUGGUGGCUCCUUUCAUCUGGGGAGUAUAUCAGGAUAUCAUCUAUAUAAGCGAUGGCAUAUCUACCCAGCAUGUCCCGUAGCACGUCGUUUAUUAGGCACUGGAACACACUAGGAGCCGAAGAAAGGCCAUAAGGCAUUACCCGGUACUCAAAAUGGCUGGCGGUAGUGCCGAACGCAGUCUUCCAUUCAUCACUCUUCUUUAUCCUGAUCAGAUUAUAUGUGCUGUGUAGGUCAAGUUUGGAGAAGAUCUUCACAGACCUGAGUUGCUCCAAAGCUGCCAGAACAAGGGGAAGAAGAUAAGGAUAUUUAACGAAGACCUGGUUUAGACCUCUGUAAUCGAUGCAAAGUCUUAGUCCACCACCUCGUUUCUCCAUGAUAAAAGAAACCGACAGAUGCAGGAGACUUGGAAGGACUCCUUGCUUGAGGGCCUCCUGAAUAUAGUCCUCCAUGGCAGUGUAUUCCUUUUGGGAUGGGGUAUGAAUAUGACCACAUGGCGGUGACAUCCCUGGCAGCAGGUUGAUUGCACAGUCAUAAGGCCGGUGUGGUGGUAGCCCACAGGCCUUCCCCUUGCUAAAGACCUCCGAAAGGUCCCUAUAACAUUCAGGAACAUUGUCCAUGGAGUCUGGUUGUGGAUUUUCCACUGAGGUGGAAGAUAUCUUGACUUGGGGGCAAGAGAGUAUUACUUAGGGGGGUAUGUAUUUAUUUAUUUAUGGGCUUGCACUUUAUCAACUCUGCUGUAUGGAUGCUGUAAGGCCCCUUUUGUCGCCCCUCCAGGUGACCGGCUGGUUCGGAUGCCGGCAAGGAGGAGAAGGUGCAGCUGGGAUCAGCGGGCUCUCGUGCACUGGCUUAAUCUUUGAGACGUGGAAGGUGGGGUGCACUCCCAUAGACUUGGGCAGUCGGAGCCGGACAGCAGACUGGCUGAUUAUCCUCUGGAUCGGGAAUGGUCCGACGAACCGAGGUGCCAGCUUACAAGACUCCACCUGGAGGGGCAGGUUCUUGGCAGACAACUACACCUUCUGGCCCACCCGAUGCAUCAUUCCUCAGCUGAUGCUUUAACAUCACCACACGACUUAAUCUGGAAAACUUGAGGGACAUUUUGGUGAAUUUGGUUGGAACAUUUACCCAAAGGCUCCUCUUGAAGAAUUUGUGAAUCUUCAUCAUUUCCAGCCAUGCCCAAUCCACUGGAGAAAGUGGUGGCACAGAAGAAGGAGGCAAUCGAGGCUGUCAUGGAGCUGUUCGAGAGAGGAGCUGAAGUCUUGGCAAGCACGGUUGGAGAGAUUUUUCCCCUGUGCGAAGCUGCUGCUCCAGUCCUCAAGCUAGCUUUGGACAAUGUUGAGAGUAAGGAGGUGUCCUAUGUCAAGGAGCAGUUCCUAGUCGUGAGGAAUAGGCUUGACGUGAUCUCAUCCCAGCUCAAAGACAUCAACCAUGAGAUACAGAAAGGACGUGUUGAUUCACAGUACUUUUCCGUGGAGGAGAACCUACGCAACCAGUUCCGCAAAUAUCUUGACAUCUUGGAAGCCAAGCCCCAGUUUCAGGAGGUCAAAAGGCGUUUGUUCUUGGAUCAUUUUAGCAAGACGGGAGGAGAGAGGAACCUCUAUGUGCUGUACGAUGCCAUGAUGGGCACAAACACUUUCGGAGAGUCCAUCCUGGAUGUGGUGGAGAGAUAUGAGGCUAGGAACAGAAGAGUCCUUGAAGAUUUCUGUGUCCGGAUGAAGGAACUCUUCUGCCUGGGGCUGAUUGUCUUGCUAGGUCACUGUGCCCUCACUCAAGGGGAGGAUAUGGAGCAGGAGAAGAUCUCUGAAUGGAGCAAGAGAAUCCAAGAGGUCGAGACCAAGAUGAAGGCAGUCAUUGAAGAAUGUGUGAAUUCAUUUGCAGAGCAGGCCCAUCUGGAUGUCCAGAGGCUGGUCCAGGAGAAAGGGGGAGGGAGUCUCCAAGACACUGCCCAGGAGCUGCUCAGUUUCCUGGUGAGAAAAUAUGAUUGGGUCAGGUGGUCUGUCCGCAUUAUUAACCACUCAGGAAGCAGCUACCGCAACUGGCGUGCCGGAGACAACUUCCAGCAUGUUUUAGGACAGAACUGGUUUGAUGUGCUGCAGGUAAACGACACCAAUGUAGUCGUGUCCUACUGCAGUAAUCCACAGCCUGUUCCCAAGGAUAACAUCCAGCAGUUGAUGGAUGGUCCUGCUAAAAAGGGAGAUGCCAAAGCUGUGGUAGAGAAUCUGGAGAAACAGCUGUCUGGUUUUAUGGUCCAUGCUGUCAGCCGUCAUAAACAGAGCUUUGCAGCUUGGAACUUCCCUGAAGACUGCCAUUAUUGGGAGAGACAUAAGAAUGUGGCCAUCUGUGUGCAUUCAGAUUAGCAACAAGACCAAUAGAUGAAACUACAUGCCUUAUUGAUUGAUUUGUGUUCAUUAUACAUUUGACACUUUUAAUCAUGUGUGUAAAAACAUAGCAUUUAGCCAGAUAUGAUUGUAUAUGGGGGCGGCACGGUGGUGUAGUGGUUAGCGCUGUCGCCUCACAGCAAGAAGGUCCUGGGUUCGAGCCCUGGGGCCGGCGAGGGCCUUUCUGUGUGGAGUUUGCAUGUUCUCCCCGUGUCCGCAUGGGUUUCCUCCGGGUGCUCCGGUUUCCUCCACAGUCCAAAGACAUGCAGGUUAGGUUAACUGGUGACUCUAAAUUGACCGUAGGUGUGAGUGUGAGUGUGAAUGGUUGUCUGUGUCUAUGUGUCAGCCCUGUGAUGACCUGGCGACUUGUCCAGGGUGUACCCCGCCUUUCGCCCAUAGUCAGCUGGGAUAGGCUCCAGAUUGCCUGCGACCCUGUAGAAGGAUAAAGCGGCUAGAGAUAAUGAGAUGAGAGAUGAGAUGAGAUGAUCGUAUAUGCCAUUCCAACAGAUUUAGCCUACCUUCUUUACUCAGCUUACAUUCAUAAUGCUAAUCACUGUCUUGUCUUAAUACCAAAGUCAUAAUCUACAUGUUUGUAAUUAACCACAGCAUGCACUUUGGCAUUUCUUUAGCUGCCCCUGAUAAAUACAAGAUUUCUUGAAGAUCUGAGUCUAAAUCUGGAGAGGAAACCAUUCGUGCUAUUUUAAUCGUAAAAUGGCAUCCUAGUGCUACAUCUGAGAAUCAAGAGCACCAUGUAGUGCAACAAGUUAGGGAACAAAAUUCAUGGUACUAGUGUAGCAGUACUUCAGAUUGGUCUUGAUCAUAAGACCAGUCUUGAGACCACUUUUUGAAGGUUUCGGUCUUGUCUUGGAAUCAAGGGCAUUUUUACUUAGUCUUGUCUCAGUCUCAGACAUGGAGGACUUGGGAUUUUAUUUCAAGACCAAGCAAGACCACAACUAUGGGGAUUUCACUAAAUUGCCUGUGCAUUGUUUGAUUUAUUUGUUAACUGUGAUUGGAUGUAAAACUUCAUGCUUCAAAUGCAACUAAUAAUGUGACUCAUUGCUAAUUUGAAAUUUUUUUUUUUAUUGAUAAAUGGCUGUCACCCCUCCCCCGCACUGUCACACCCACUGCUCAGGUCCUGGUCUCAACUUGGUCUCGCCUUGCCUUGAUCUUACUCUUAACCCCUCAAAGUCUGGGUCUUGUCUUGAUCUCGAUACACUCUGGUCUUGGUCAUGACUUGGUCUUGGUUUAGAUGGUCUUGUCUACAAUACUACAUGGUACUAGUAAAUCAUGAUGUAGUCACAAUAAAUCACAUGCCUUGCCAUUUGCCCAUUACCCACUAUAAUACAAGCCACCUAGUCUCAGCAUCAGUCUCUUUAUGUGCACUUUUCUGGCCACAAGCUUCAGCAUCUUGGAAUCAGCUCUCUGUUCUCACAUGUAUCUUAAAGCUCUGGUUUCUGAAAAGAAAAUAAACUCUUGAACAU